AUGGUGAAUCCAGUAGACAACCAACAAGACGCUGAGGUCUACCUCAGAGGCUCCGAGAUUGUGAAUAGGAAUGCUUUCACAAAAGUUCAAUUGAAAGAGCUUGAAAGACAAAUUAUGAUUUACAAGCACUUUGUGGCUUGUGUUUCUGUUCCUUCUUAUCUUCUGUCAUCCACCCCUACCUCAUCAAGUAGGAGGAACAUUACUGAUCCAGUGACCUCAUCAAGUAGUAGCAAUACUGAUCCAAUGGAAGGUAGGUGCAGAAGAACUGAUGGUAAAAAAUGGAGAUGCUCUGGAUAUGUUGCUCCUAAUAACAAGUAUUGCGACCGACAUAUGCAUAGAGGUAGCCGGCGUUCUAAGAAGUCUAUGGAACUUCGCAACAAGGAUACAAGAAAUUAUUCAUCAUGUUAG